AUGAAUAAGAAAAUAGAAUUUUAUAGUUCAAUUGCGUAUACCAUUCUCAAAAGUAAUCAAGAACCUAUACGAUUGAAACUACGAAUUGGUGAUAUUGUUGAACUAAAUGAAGAAUCUGAAG